CUGUAUGAUAGGGCUUCAUAUCACAGCCUGUAUGAUAGGGCAUCAUACCACAGCCUGUAUUAUAGGGCUUCAUACCACAGCCUGUAUGAUAGGGCUUCUUACCACAGACUGUAUUAUAGGGCCUCAUACCACAGCCUGUAUGAUAGGUCUUCAUACCACAGCCUGUAUUAUAGGGCUUCAUACCACAGCCUGUAUUAUAGGGCUUCAUACCACAGCCUGUAUUAAAGGGCUUCAUACCACAGCCUGUAUUAUAGGGCUUCAUACCACAGCCUGUAUUAUAGGGCUUCAUACCACAGCCUGUUUUAUAGGGCUUCAUACCACAGCCUGUAUGAUAGGGCUUCAUACCACAGCCUGUAUGAUAGGGCUUCAUACCACAGCCUGUAUGAUAGGGCUUCAUGCCACAGACUGUAUGAUAGCUCUUCAUACCACAGACUGUAUGAUAGGGCUUCAUACCACAGACUGUAUGAUAGCUCUUCAUACCACAGCCUGUAUGAUAGGGCUUCAUACCACAGACUGUAUGAUAGCUCUUCAUACCACAGCCUGUAUUAUAGGGCUUCAUACCACAGCCUGUAUGAUAGG